AUGAUUUGUGCCAAAGUUGAUCUCGAACUUCUCGAUCAACUUGGAUUGUACGAGAAGAAUGUCUUCUGGAUGUGCGAUCACUGUGCGGCGCUUUUUUCAAACGGCCACUUCCGUAAUAUCGUGAGCCGUGACGUCAAUCAGACUUCUGUGGCUCCAAACGCGGUUGAUUCGAUGAAAGAGGACAUCGAGAAAUUGAAUUCGGCUGUUAUUGCUCUUGCAGCCAAAGUGGAAUCGAAGAUCCCAGUCAGCUCAACUCCACGUUGGCCUAAAAAUGACCGCUUUGAUUCCGGUCGUGGCACCCCGAAACGUCGCCGUACUUCAUUUAGCACUGAUGACAAGCCCAUACUGUGUGGUAAGAAAGCACCUAUCGACUCGGUCAGAACCGUGGACCUGAACGAUGAUCUGGUGUGGGUUUACUUAUCGGCGUUUCAUCCCACUACUACGAACGAUGAAAUUUCAUUUCUUGUCUCUAAGUGUUUGUGUCUGGAAACAGACGAGAAACCUCGGGUUGCCAAGUUGGUUCCCAGAGGAAAAGAUCCGUCAACGUUAAACUACGUUUCCUUCAAAGUCGGCGUCAACCAAAACAAACGGGAUGUUGCCCUUUCCUGCGAUUCGUGGCCGGAGGGCAUUCAGUUUCGUGAGUUCGAUGAUUCCCGGUCAAAGAAGGUGACCAAAAUCACCCGUAUUGGUCCAGCACAGUGA